GGGCGGUACCCCGGCUCUUCCUUUGGCCUUGAGCUAUCAGAAAAGACAGGCAGGAGGCUGAACCCGUGUUCCUGAGUGGCAAGAAGGCAUUCCUGCAAGUGUGAAGACACUGCGGGUCAGAGCCGGGACUGUCCGUGCUGGUGCCCAGUGGAGCUCUCGUGGUAGCCACCAGCUAGCUGCUGUGUCUAAGCAGCCUUGCUGAGAGGAAAGAGAAUGGCUUGCUUUGAGUUUUCCUUUCACAUGCCAAGUCUGGAGGAGCUUGCUGAAGUAUUGCAGAAGGGGCUAAAGGACAACUUUGCUGAUGUCCACGUCUCAGUGGUUGACUGCCCAGAUUUAACAAAGGAGCCAUUUGCCUUUCCUGUAAAAGGCAUCUGUGGGCAAACUAGAAUUGCAGAAGUAGGAGGUGUGCCUUACUUAUUGCCUCUUGUAAACAAAAAAAAGGUUUAUGACCUAAAUGAAAUUGCAAAAGAAAUAAAGCUGCCCGGAGCUUUUAUCCUUGGAGCGGGGGCAGGUCCAUUUCAGACGCUUGGGUUCAAUUCUGAGUUCAUGCCAAUUGUUCAAACAGCAAGUGAACGCAACCGACCUGUGAAUGGAAGUUACUUUGCCCAUGAAGAUCCUGCUAAUGGAGAGUGCCUGCUGGAGAAAUACAGCCAAAAAUAUCAUGACUUUGGAUGUGCACUGCUGGCUAAUCUUUUUGCCAGUGAGGGCCAGCCUGGCAAGGUCAUUGAAGUGCAAGCCAAGAGAAGAACAGGAGAACUUAACUUUGUGAGCUGCAUGAGGCAGACUCUGGAGAAGCACUAUGGUGACAAGCCGGUGGGGAUGGGAGGCACCUUCAUUGUGCAGAAGGGGAAAGUAAAAAGCCACAUCAUGCCUGCAGAGUUUUCUUCCUGUCCACUGAACUCGGACGAAGCUGUCAAUAAAUGGCUACACUUCUAUGAGAUGAAAGCUCCCUUGGUUUGUCUACCAGUUUUUGUUUCCAAAGACCCCGGGCUGGAUUUGCGACUGGAGCACACACAUUUCUUCAGUCAUCACGGAGAAGGCGGACACUACCACUACGACACCACCCCAGACACAGUGGAGUAUCUUGGCUACUUCUCACCUGCACAGCUCCUCUACCGCAUUGAUCAGCCCAAAGAGACCCAUACCUUUGGAAGAGAUUAAAGCAGCUGUCUAAUGGUUAGCUAAGGUUAAAUUACUAACCCAGCAACUCAUAGUAAUUAAAAAAUACAGUAGAGGACCAGAGAGAGAGAACGAGCUUCUCUAGCAAGCUAAGGCCCUACCUUAAUCCCCAGCACAGCUAAUAAAAGUAAUCACUACACAAGCACUAUUUUUAUGGCAUUUGAAAUGCAAGGAUGUGGACAUAUGACACUCAUAUUAUUGAGCAUCUUCAUGUGAGGAAGGUAUUGGGAACAUAGAUAACUAAUCGAGAUGCCCACUUUCCUAUGUGCUCACUUUAGUAAACCAAUCUUAUGUCUCUAUAGCCUAGCACAGUCUACCUUCUCUUCAUACCACAGAUAUGAAUAUGGACAGGGACCUUCCAUUAUUCCUGCUAUCUAGGAAUAGCUUACAUUUGGGUGGCAUUACUAAAUUUUUCAAGUUCAUCUCACAAGAGCUAAGGGAUUAUUACUGAGUAUUAGACACAACAGUGUGGAAUCUUUGCACUGAGUUUUAAAAGCCCACUCUGGAAAUCAGUAUACUGUGUUCUCGGCACUGGACUGCCCACACUCAGAAGUCUGCAAUUGCCUUUCACAGACGUUAGUAACACUCAUUAGCCAGGCUCUUCCUAACUAGGUCUCUAUCCAACAGUUUGUACCUUAGUUACUGUCUGCAAGAUAAGAAAGAAAAGAAAUAGCAGCAAAGCACAACAUCAAACACUGCCAGUCUCCAUCAUGAGAUAGAAAACUACUUUCUUAUUGCGUGAUGUCUUAAAGGGCACGUUUACGCCCUUUCUUUGAGACAAUGAACCACAAGAAAUUGGAAUUCCCUCAGGAAUUUCCUGCCAGGAGAAGGAAAAGGCUGAAGCCUGGUGCUGGCCAGAGGAGGAGCUUGUCUUCCAGAGGAAAGAGAUGUCACACAGCUCUCAGGACAAACAGGAGCCUAGACAAUGGUGGUGGGCAGGACCACAGCUCGACCUGCUUAGUUAGGUAUACCUCGUGCCUUUUAUUUAGACCCGAACCUUACGCCAGGACCCAACAUGGAUUCUGCAGGAUGGUGGGGGAGGGAUGGGAAUCCAGAGACCUGUUUGUUCCUCUUCCCAAAGUGACUACAUUCAAGAAAUCAUUUUGUGCUUUUCAAAAGAUAUUACACUAUUCCUGAGCACUGAUGGUUAGUGUAUGGUGAUGAUGGUUAGAAAACUCCUUGCUGUUCUGUAUCAUAGAACCUGUGAUGAUUCACUAGACAGAAAUCAACUUUCCAACCCUCCUAAUGGCAAUAAGACGUGGCUCUAGGAACUCUUUAGAACUAAGCCCUGAAUGUUUUCUGAUUCUUUACUUUGUCAUGCACAUGUCAUGUAUUUUUAAUAAUAAUGUUAUUUUUAAUUAAACAUGAUUUUUGAAGUAAAA